AUGACAGCGACAGAACAUCCAACAUACCCAGUACCAGCAACCCAUUUCUACCCGGACAGAGAUGGCCCAAAUCUCCGAGGAAUGGAUGAGUACAGAAAACUGUACAAAGAAUCCCUCGACGACCCAGAAGGCUUUUGGGCCAGACUAUCCCGGGAGCUCUUGACACUUGAUCAGGAGUUCACUACCGUCCGUGAAGGAAGCCCAACAGAAGGCAAUACCUCAUGGUUCCUCGGCGGCCGUCUAAACGCAACAUACAAUUGCGUCGAUCGCCACGCGAAGACCGAACCCUCACGCAAUGCCAUUAUCUACGAGGCCGAUGAGCCCAAUCAAGGCCGAACCGUCACCUACGGUGAGCUAUUGGCCCAGGUCUCAAGCACUGCGUCAGCCCUCCGAGCGUUGGGCGUCAAAAAAGGCGACCGUGUCGUGGUUUAUAUGCCGAUGAUCCCAGAAGCGUUUGUUAGCGUGCUUGCUAUUUCUCGGCUGGGAGCAAUCCACACUAUCAUCUUUGAUGGAUUUUCUCCGAGCUCGAUCGCCGAUCGCAUUCUGAAUGCUGACGCAGAGCUGGUUGUCACGGUUGACCAGGCGAAACGCAGUGGACGAGAAAUCGCCAUGAAGAAGGGGGUUGACGAGGCUCUGUUGAGAUGUCCCAAGGUUCGCACAGUGCUUGUCUACCAACAUUGUAAAUCUCCGGUGUCGUGGACGGAGGGCAGAGACGUUUGGUGGCAUGAGACUGUUGACCCUGCUGCUGAAUUUGUCGAACCUGAGAUUAUGGAUUCGGAAGAUCCUCUCUUUAUUUUGUAUACUUCUGGCUCAACAGGGAAGCCCAAAGGCUUGGUGCAUUCCACAGCCGGAUUCCUGACCGGCGCCGCAGCCACUGGAAAAUACGUCUUUGACAUCCAACCGUCGGAUACCUUCUUUUGCGCAGGCGACAUUGGCUGGAUCACCGGCCUGGUCUAUGGGCUGUACGCACCACUCCUCCUAGGAUGCACAACAGUCAUUUUCGAGGGUAGUCCGCUGUAUCCGACUCCGUCGCGGUACUGGGAGAUUUGCGAGAAACAUGACGUGACGCAAUUCUAUGUGGCCCCAACAGCUCUCCGUCUUCUGAAGAAAUUCAGCGACUCUGAAAUAUCGCAAUCGUUGCCUUCUCUGCGAGUUCUUGGGUCGAUUGGUGAGCCCAUUGCACCAGAGGUAUGGAAAUGGUAUUAUCAGGCCGUGGGAAAAGGGAAAGCCCAUGUCCUAGAUACGUACUUCCAAACAGAGACGGGCUCACUGGUCCUUACACCGUUGGCUGGUGUCACUCCCACAAAACCCGGGAGCUGCACCCUUCCAUUCUUUGGCGCGGACCCGGUCAUCUUAGACUCUGUUACCGGAGACGAGAUCAAAUCGCCGUGUGCCGAAGGCAUCUUGGCCUUCAGGGACUCAUGGCCAAGUAUGGCAAGGUCCGCAUGGGGUGACCACGAGAGAUUUUUGGACACUUAUUUCCGGCCGUAUCCUGGCUACUACUUUACCGGCGACAGUGCCCGAAGAGAUUCAGAUGGCUACUACUGGAUCAAAGGCCGGAUUGACGACGUGGUGAAUGUUUCCGGUCAUCGCCUUUCAACCGCAGAGAUUGAAGCCGCUCUUCUCGAGAACACGUUUGUUGCCGAGGUGGCGGUUGUCGGUGUGGACGACGAAAUUACCGGCCAGUCGGUGGUUGCCUUUGUGGCUCUCAAAGAGCAACCCCAGGGAAGAGACAUCCGCAAGGAUCUGAAGAAGCAGAUUACUCGAAGUAUAGGGUCUCUGGCACUUCCUAGGGUCAUCUAUUUGGUUAGUGAUAUUCCGAAAACACGCUCUGGGAAGAUCACUCGGCGUAUAUUGAGGAAAAUUCUCAGUAACGACACGGAAAACAUCGGGGAUACAUCCACCGUGGCAAAUCCUGCAGCUAUAGGAAUAGUUGCGGAGGUUGUUCUCGGAGCAAAGAAGUGA